AUGCCACCUCCCCCUCCUCCCGUCCCACUGCGGUUCAUUCCGAAAGAUCCAAACAACAAUAAUAAUAAGAACAAUACCAAUAAUACCAAUACUCUUCCACAGAAGCCCAAUUCAAUCUUAUCAACAUCAGAAGCAGCAGCACCGCCGCCGCCAACAUCCACUCUCUUCACUGGAGGAAUCCCAACAAAUACCGCGCCUUCUCCUCCGCGGUUUGAAGAAAUCAACGGAACGCUCGAGGACGGCCUUCAGCAUCCAAACAGCAACAGCAGUAGUUUACCCAAAUUAGGACUGCUCUCACACACACAGCCAAUCUCUACAGCCACAGCUAUCACUACUGCAAACACCACCACAGCAACAACAACAACAACAAAGACACCAUUUGGGUCCACAAGUCAUUCUAAUGGAAUUUCAUCAGAGCCUACGGCUUCUCUUCCACUGCCUUUUCCUUUUUCUAAUUCACUUCCCUCAGCGCAUACUUCUUCUGCGUCCUCCUCAUCUUCUUCCACACAACAGAUUGCACAACUCUGGCAACUCGUGCAAGAUCUUACCUCUGAGAAUGCUGUUCUUCAGCAACGCAUGCGAGUACUAAUGGAGGGAGAAAUAAAUGAUGUGAAUCUUCCAGGCAUGAUGAUGUCAACAGCAACCGGUUCUGGUUCGUCUACAAUACAAACAACAACGGCUGCUAAUACUUCUACUAUGAUGACUUCAGGCUGUUCACCUGCAGAGGCAGAAGCUCUUAUUUUACGUAUUCGUCGAUUAGAGGCGGCACUUAAAGUAGAAGCGAUGGAGCGCGAGGCGUUGGAGGUGCGACUGCAGGCACAAGAGCGGGUAUUGGCAAAACUCGUAAUGCGAUGA